CGCCCAAUGCUUAUACCAUACCUGCGACUAUAGGAUUUGUCAAACACACUCUGACUAAAUGCCGUUUUCCAUCAGUAACAAUUGGACGAAAACGCGCCAAUAGCCCUGGUCAUGGUCACGGAUUGUUGUACAACAUCAGAGAUCAGAGUCGUUUUGGAAGACUCUACCGACCCAACUUCGGGUUAGGCAGCAGAAGACCGUUGCCCCAAGAACAUUUACCUGCGCCGAAUACGUAUUACCCGAAAAUGGACUCGGUACGACCUAAAGCGCCGAAACCAUCGUUCAAAAGUCGCACAUUGCAAUUUGGUCGUAUUGAUGAUUGUUACCCAAGUCCGAACACAUAUACGUUGCCAUUGUUAGACGUAUAUCGGCGGUCGAAAAAACCGACAUACGUCAAAAUUACUUCACCACGUUUCAAAGUGGUAUCUGAGGCUGUACCGGCACCGAAUACCUACUCGUUACCUUCGACCGGAACUUACAAGUACGGACAAACGGUACACUCAACCAUACAACACAAACGUCCCGAGAACAUUGAAAGUCGCGCACCACCUCCCAAUAGGUACUACCUACCCAAAACUAAUGGUCAGGCUAAGACAUUCGGAAAGAAAGACGGUUACAAGCGAGCUGUUUACCUGACCGUCGAAGACCUUUGGUAAUGUUGUGGGGAAUUACCGAUUUGCGCCAAAAAAAAAGGUACUUUUUUCCGAUCGCCUAUUUGCGCCAAAUUUACCUGUAUAUAUUCUUUCUUCUUCUUUCUUCUUUCUGGGCUUUUACAGGCCUUUAAGGCCCAUCGCCGCAACAACAUAUUGUUUCCAUUCUUCUCUAUAAUUUGCAAAUUCUUCUGCGUUUCUUACGUUCAGGAGUUUCAAGUCUUCCUUUACUCUAUCCACCCAUGGUAAGAUACCAUGGGUAUCUUUGUCUGGGGCGUCCUCGAGGUCUCUUAGUGUCGGAUUUCCAUUUAGUUAUUGAUCCAAUCAUUCCCUCUGACCUCCAUACAUGUCCUGCCCAACUUAUCCUCGUACUUUUCAGGGACCCAACAAUUGUAGGUUCCUUGUAUAGAUCAUCCAAUUCCCUGUUGCUUCUCACCUCAUAGUCUCCAUCGUUAUUUCUCUUUGGACCGAAAAUUUUCCUUAAUAUCUUUCUUUCGAAAACUCUCUGCGAUAAAAAUCGCAGAAAAUUGCACUUAAAGUUUUUAGAUUUUUAGUUCGUACUUACAUGACACGCAUUUUAAACUUACUUAGCAACUGUAAUAUUUUAUCGUGUAAUAUAUACAGGUAAAUUAGGCGCAAAUGGGCUAUACUUAAAACGAUCACCUAUU